AUGAGCAUCAUGCGCGUGGAUUGGGACUUGCCUCUACGGUUCUUCUUUCCCUCUGUCUUUGUCGUUCUCCUCAGUCUUGUGCCUGCGGCGCUCUGGGCUGGUUCAAUGACACCAUCGGUAUCGCGGACGGUGGACAGCGGCAUGCUUUUGAUCCCAAGCUACGAGGACGUUUCGAUGAUCAAGGAGUAUCCGAUGAUGAUUGGCAGUUCGGGACCGUCGCUGCGCACGCAAAAGGGCUUCUUCACGUAUUCGGUUGGCCAGCAACAGAGUAGUCAGCUUCUGGCAUCAGCGGCUCAGGCGUCUUCUUUGGGUGGAGGGCCCCAUGUCCAUCGCAAACUCGACAACACUCAGUUCAGCUACCGAGGUCGUUCAUAUGGCGUCGGAGCAUCUAUCGGACUCAUGGAUCAAGGAAUCAGGUCGAACAGCCAGGUUGCAGGAUACAUCUACCAAGAGGAGGGCUAUCUGGCAAACGUCACUUGCACGUACAACGCAACUUCCAACUUCACUCUUUCCGGUCCCGUCAACGAGUGGAUCUAUGCAGCUUCCGGGAACCUGCCCGACAGCGAAGAAGGCCCGGAAUACUCAAACUACAUCGGCCACGACGGCAAGGCCAUUGUAGCGAUGGGCGUAGCGUACAGCGAUCGCUCCCCUCGCCGCUACCUCGCCAUCGCUGCAGGUUCAGCCUAUUCCUUCCUCAACACCACGCAAUGCGAAUUCGACUUCACACCCACCCUCUUCAACGUCACCGUCGACGUCGGCAAUCUCAACAUCACCGUCAAGCCCGUGCGCACCAUGCCCGAUUUCAACCCUCAGCGAAACGUCACGCGCACAGUAGUGCGGCAGUUCGAGCUCAUGUCUAACGACAUGACGAAUCUAUAUGUUUCGCUCCUAGGCGAGGCAUUUAACUCCAGUAUCGCGGCAUACAAGAUGUCAGAGACGUUCAAUAAUCGGACGUUUACUGAAGAGGAAGCGACACUGGCGGGUCUCACGAAUAGCAUGGUGGCGAUGGCUGAUGAUAUGUUGGUUGCGUAUGCCUCCGCGCAGCUCAUGGUUGGGCGCAUGUUCACUCAGCAACCAGCGAAGGUCUACGUCUAUGCGCUGCAGUUUGGGCAACCGAGUUACAUCUACGCUAUCUUCACGCUCAACCUCGUUAUCAUCCUCGCCGUUGUGUUUGAGGCAGUGCGCACAGCAGCGUGGUCUGCGCUUGGCCGCUUCAACUAUCUCGAUCCACGUGAUCUCAUCGUCGCUGCAUCGAGAGGUGGAGGUGACAUUGCAGCUGCAGCCGACGACAUCAUGGAGCGAAGAGAAGGAAGGAGGAUGAAGCACAUUUGGCUGUUGAGCGACCCCGACGGCGGCAACGGGUCCCUCAUCGUCAACUUACGGGGCGACCAAGACGGCCAUGUCAAGAUCGAAGUGGGCGCUGGACAGUGCAACAGAGACGCAGAGAGCGCCUACCCACCGGACGAGAAGAGCAUGUAUGUGGAACAUGGCGCUGAGACAGAGCGGGGGCCCUUGACACCCAAGACACCUAUGAAGAUGAAGGUCGGCAUUUUCGGAUCAAAGCAAUAG